AUGUCAGGGUCAGCUGUCAACACGGCCCUUUGUGUCUCCUUCAGCGCAAGAGUGGUGCUUAGCCACUCGCAGAAAAAUGGAAAUGAUGGAGGACACACGCGCGCGCUCCUGAGCUCUCUCCAUCCCCUCCCGUCACCUCCACCCCUCUCGACCUGGCGGCCCCCCGCUCGGGCGACCCCCUUGGCGGCCCUCGGGCCCGGGGGACCGGUCCCGGGCUCUCCCCGCCGCGCCGCAGCCUCGCUCGGUCCCUCGCUCCCGCCACAAAGGCGGCGCCGAGAGCUGGGCGCCCGCCCUCGCCUCACAGACGCACCGGCGCUCACACCCCCGCUCCGCCUUCCGAGCCCGUCAGAAAAAGUCAGCCGCUGCGUUUCCCCGCGCAGGCAGGGUGUCCACAGCCCGCCAAAGGGCAGCUCCUGCCGGACAGAGGCGGGCGCUCGCGCCCGGCUGGCGACCUCUCACCUCCCCGCCUCCACGCGCCCCGAAUCCCCACAGCCGCUCACCUGGCCCUGGCAGCGCGCGAGGGCAGAGGACCGGGGGUGGCCCGCGCCUCGGCCGGGGCUCGUCUCCCCACCCCCAGUCGGGUCGCAGCGCCGCGCUCAGCUCGCUCGGCCGCCCUCCUCCGAGGUGCUAGCGCCGCCGGUGGCUGGCGUCUCUCUGGCAGGCUCGCUUGCCGCGCGCUCAGUUCCCCGGGGCGGAGCGAGGCGGCCGCCGCCGCGGCCGGAGGCGGAUUCCUCAGGUGCUGCCCCUCCCGCUUCCCCAGAACCUCCGCGGCGGGGACCCCCGCGCCCCCUCCCUCCGCCCCGCCUCUCGGCCUCCCGCCGCCUAGGCGCCCGCGAGGGCCCUUCAGGGCUCCCGGCCCUCCUGGAGUGGAGUGAGCGGACGGUUCCCUACCCACCCUCCGAGGACGCCCCCAACCCAGGUUGCAGCCCUCAGCACAGUGUGCCGCGCCUCCAUUUCCAAAUCCGCAGCCUCCGUGACGUGUCCAUACAGAAAGAAUUGACUGGAAGUCUGGAACUGUCAGAAAAUAACUCAAGGCAUAGUUCAGUUGUGAGUUGCAAAAAAUGUUGUCAGAAUCCCUGUCCCCACUCCCUCCUCAGGAAAUCUGACACAAGCUGAACAUGAGCUUUGAUGGCUGUCACCAUGGGAAAAGUCAGGAUGUCAUGUGUGGGAGAACCUGGAAGUAUUGAAUGGUAAAAUGGAUACAGUUGUACAAGUGAUUGAACCAGUUAGCUUCAGCCUACAAGUUUUAAAAUCACUUUCUAGACAACAGACAAGACAACUGGGUGUGCACCAGCCUUGAACCUGCAAGCAGAUACUCCCUUUCCCCAGGAACUCCAGCCUAUGCCAUGGCAGAUUCCCGUCACCCAUCUGCUCCCAGCUGCUGGACCACCUGCACCAACUUCUUGUGCACCCAAAAGGGAAUUCUCCUUUUUGCUCAGAUUAUAAUGUGCGUGUCAAUUCUGACUCUCUUCAGUGCAUCAGCACCAGGAUAUUCCUCUCUGUCGGUGAUUGAAUUGAUCUGCACUUGUAUCUUCUUUGUUGUCUAUAUGUGUGACCUGCACACCAAGAUACAAUUCAUUCAUUGGCCUUGGAGUGACUUCUUCCGAGCCUUUAUAGCAGCCAUCCUCUACCUGAUCACCUCCAUUGUUGUCCUUGUUGAGAGAGGAAGCCGCUCCAGAAUCACUGCAGGGGUACUAGGCCUAAUUGCUGCGAGCCUCUUUGGCUAUGAUGCCUAUGUCACUUUUCCCUUGCGACAAUAAAGAUGUACAGUAGUGCCUACAGUGCCCUGCUGAUACCAUGA